AUGGAAGGUGUUGGAGCUCGACUCGGCAGAUCCUCAACUCACUACGGACCGGCCACCGUGUUUACAGGCAACAAUAAUAAUGGCUCUGCCUCUCAUCUUUUGCUUUACAAAUGGACGCCACUUCGUCAAAAUCAUAACACCUCCGCCAACAACAAUAGCAAUGGUGACGCCAAAGACGACGGUGGUGUCGCCGAAGUGGACGAAGAGCCACCCCGCCGUAAGAUGAAAUAUAUUACGAUAGUUGUACUGGGGGAACAAAAUAAUGAGGAAGCAGAGGUGCAGGCAGAUGAAGAUAAACCUAAACCUGUUGAGAGUGACUCGCUUGCUGCAGCAGAUGAUGAAUCAUCUUUGAAGAAUGAAAAACUUGACAUCAAUGAUAUACCAAUGGAAGAGAAUCAGGUUUCUGAGAAUAUUGAUGUAGAAAGGGAAGUCUUGAACAAAAGCAAUGUAGGUUUAAGCUUGAAUUUAAAUGAAGGUGAAGGUGAAGGUGAAGGUAAAUGGAGAUAGAGAUACAGAUGGAGGUGAAGAAGAGUUUGAAGAAGCAAAGGAUGAAACUAAUGAUGAUUGAUUGAUUGGAUUGAGUAAAGAUGUGUUUUAACCGAAUCCAAGUGUUUCUGGACUCGACUUGAAGAUUUUAUGGAGGAAUCCCUUUUUUUAAUAAUAAAAAUGAAAUUAACUUGUGAUCAAAAUACAAGGAAUAUUGAAGAUUUUAUGUAUGUGAGGAUUUUGAUCCCGGGAUUUUAUGUAUGUGAGGAUUUUGAUCCCGGGAUUUUAUGUAUGUGAGGAUUUUGAUCCC